AUGGAACCCGUGGGACUGGGAUUCGCAGCCGCCUCGAUGGCAGAGCUGUGUUUACGAAUCGGAAAGGACCUCUACGAACGCUGUCAAUCCUAUCUACGAGCCGAACAUGAGUUGCGAGAAGCCACCUUAUGCAUCCAAGGCCAUUGGAUCAAGAUCGAGCACCAAAUCUCUGCCCUCCAUCGCGUCUGGGAAUCACUGGGGGAUGACCUUCAAAUACACCAGACUCUAGUACUACAGGUGCUCCAGGGGAAGUUGCAAAACGCACUUAAUAAGGUGGAUAGCCUAGUACCCAAUGAACAACGGGAAAAGUCCAGGUCAGACAGAAUCGUGGCCAAGAUGGGGGAUACUAAACGACUCAAAUAUGCUGCGUAUGCAAAAUCGUCUCUGGAGGGCAUCAUUGCGGAUCUGGAGAAGUGGCAGAGGACAUUCGAUCCCUCCUGGUUUCUCUUAGCCCGCAUCGCCGUUCCGGUGAUUGACCAGCAGUUGGCUGAAGAAAAUCCCAGCGAGACCGGGGUCGUGUCGAGCGUAGUGCAGCUACGCCGCGCUCACCAUAUCACCAGGGACGACACAGUGGUAUCAUCAAGCAUCUUUCUCCCGGCCAAUUAUGAAAUAAAGGACCGGGAGUUGAUCGCACUCUCUACUGCAUCCACCGGCAGCAACUCGGGCCGUGGGCUCGUCAUUGACUAUAUUCCAGCGAGGGAACAAGUUGACAUUGAUCUGACUACAAAAGAUGUCCGAAAUCUGGCGCGCGUUCUCUCCAAUGUCGAUCCGGAGCUUUUUGGCCUUCUUCCCUGUCAAGGUGCCGUCAAAUGUCGUGACCCGUCGACUCAAAAGAUCACCGGGUUUGAAAUCAUAUUCUCUAUCCCGCAGAAUAUACGACCUAAAAGUCUUCGUUCUCUUCUUUCAACGUCACCCACGAGCUAUUCCUUGAACGAGCGCGUCAAACUGGCCGUGACACUUGCUCGGUCAACUGUAUUCCUCCACUCGUCCUGCAUCGUGCACAAGAACAUCUCCCCCGAAAACAUUAUCAUCCUUCAACAGCCCACUGAUACCCUAGGAAAGAUGUCUCUGGUCGGUUUCGAGCGUUUUCGUCUGGCAGAAGCGCGGACCUACAUGGCGGGCGACAAUGCAUGGGAAAAGAACCUAUACCGACAUCCUAAACGCCAGGGUCUCCACCCAGAAGAGGAAUACACAAUGCAGCAUGAUAUUUAUAGUGUCGGAGUCUGCCUGCUGGAGAUUGGUCUCUGGACUUCAUUUGUAUGCUACUCUGAAGAUCCAAAGUCCAUUACUCCCAGCCCGGAGCUACCCAUUCAGCAACACAUUGGAGCUAGGGACCAACAGAGGGCAGCUGCGUCGAUCAAGGAUAUACUUGGCCGGCAGGCCCUCACUCGUUUGCCGGCGGUGAUGGGCCAGAUAUACAGCGACGUUGUGGUCUCGUGUUUGACCUGUCUGGAUAAAAAUAAUCGGAGAUUCGGAGAUGAAAGGGAGUUCGAAGAUGACGAUGGUAUACUAGUUGGAGUCCGCUAUAUUGAAAAGAUAUUGUUCGAGCUGGAGAAGAUUGUUGUGUGA